UGAAGAGCUAUAUUGCAGGGGUAAAAUAGAAUAUGCCCAUUAAAUUUUAGUGAAAUGAAAUAUUUGCUAUUACAAAGUUGUGGGUGGAGUUCUAGCUGCUUUUCCCAUUAAUGCUUCUUAACGAUUUUGUACUCCGGGCUUGUUUUCCUUGUCGACUGAUGUCUAACAAAAGGAGUGCUUGCAGACAUGUGGGCAGUUGGUGCAAUACUUGCUGAACUUUUCACUUCGUGCCCUAUAUUCCCUGGUGAAAGUGAGAUAGAUCAGUUGUACAAGAUAUGCUGUGUUCUUGGUACGCCAGAUUGGACUACCUUUCCAGAAGCUAGGAAUGCUUCAUCAUUGGUUAAUUUUAGUUAUUUAGAGAUUAUGCCUGCCAAUUUGUCGGACAUCAUUCCUAAUGCAAGCCUGGAGGCGAUUGAUUUGAUCAAGGAUUGUAUGUGGAUUCCUCGUCCAAUUGUGGAUGCCCUUCAGCCAAAGCUUAAUAAUAAGCUGGGGGCAAAGCCAAAUCUUGACUUAAGCCUCUGGGAUUUUGGCACCGGAACAGAUGACUGUUUUCUUGGCUUGACACUGGCCGUGAACCCUAGCGCUUCCAACAUGGAGUUGGUCCAUAAGGCUCAAAGUACAGGAAAGGAUCUGCUGUUCUGCUCCAGUUCUCGUCAACACUCUCAAAAGCCAGGUUUUUGGUCGGUGCUUCCUCCUGAUAACUGUGGAUCCACUAUACCAGUGGAGUCUUCCCUGUCAUUAUCAUUCAGUACGAUUCCGCAUUCAUCAACCAGAGUUCCACAGUCUACUGGAUUUGCUAUUGCGUCUUUGUGGUCAUAG